AUGAAGAGUGAGGACUGGAAUCUUGCAAAUGCUCGAGUCACUGUUUUAGGAAUUCCUCGAAAGGCUGAUACAGUCUUCUCAGGCUCGGUUCGUUUGACGAAACGAUCCCGCGGGGAAUCCUCCUCCGAGUCGUCAGUGGCCACCAGUGUAAAUCUCAUGGACGUAGAUGCAUCACAUUCUAUCCCUAAAUUGCCUUUACCGAGUGAAGACGAAAUUCUGGUUCAGAUGAUCGAACGAAGCGGUGCGUCUUCCUACAGUGAGAUUGUCAAUUUUUGCCGCUCAGCAGGGAUUCCUCUGUCUCGAAUGUUUCGACUUGAUUUAAUGCGCAAGUCGUCACCUGCAUAA